CUACGUACGCAGUCACGUCUGAACCCUAGUUGUACAAUUCAGCCUCCCUGCCACGCGUUGACACUCUAAACUCGGCUUCUUUCGUCAUGUCCCUCCGAAAAGCGGCUGUGAGUUUGGUGAAACCGGUCCGGGGUGUCCUGCGGCCCUUGUCCUCGGUGGUCUUGAACCGGUCCUACUCGGCUGCGGCCGCCGGAGCCAGAGCGGUUCUGGAGAACGAGCUGGACUCGAUUCGAGCCGCAGGGACGUGGAAGGGGGAGAGGAUCAUCACGUCAAAGCAGGGACCUCACAUCAACGUAGACGGCAGCGGAGGUGCCAUAUUGAACUUCUGUGCCAACAACUAUCUGGGGCUCUCCAGUCAUCCAGAGGUGGUGCAGGCGGGGAUCGAUGCUCUUAAACAAUAUGGUGCUGGUCUGAGCUCAGUCAGAUUUAUCUGUGGCACACAGGACCUACAUAAACAUCUGGAGCAGAAGCUUGCAGAAUUCCAUGAGAGGGAAGACUGCAUCCUGUAUGCCAGCUGUUUUGAUGCCAAUGCUGGUCUGUUUGAGGUUCUAAUGGGCCCAGACGAUGCAGUGCUGUCUGAUGAACUAAACCACGCCUCCAUCAUCGACGGGAUCCGCCUGUGUCGGGCCAAGAGGCUGCGCUACAAACACAUGGACCUCAAUGACCUGGAAACGAAGCUCAAAGAGGCUCAGUCAUCUCGUAUGCGUCUCAUCGUGACAGACGGUGUGUUCUCCAUGGAUGGAGAUGUGGCUCCAUUACCUGGAAUUUGUGACCUGGCUGAACAGUACGGAGCCAUGGUGUUCAUAGAUGAAUGUCAUGCCACUGGGUUUCUGGGACCCCGGGGCAGAGGAACAGAUGAACUUCUGGGGGUGAUGGACAGAGUUCACAUCGUAAACUCCACCCUGGGAAAAGCACUGGGAGGAGCCGCCGGUGGGUACACAGUGGGCCCAAAGCCACUCAUCGACCUGCUGAGGCAGCGCUCACGGCCCUAUCUAUUCUCCAACUCCCUCCCCCCUCCUGUGGUGGGCUGUGCCACCAAAGCUGUGGAGCUGCUACUCGCCUCCAGCGAAAUCGCACAGAGCAUGACGGCCAAAACCAUGAGGUUUAGAAACAGUAUGACUCAGGCUGGCUUCACCAUCGCAGGCACCGCCCACCCCAUCUGUCCUGUGAUGCUCGGCGAUGCCCGCCUGGCUUCUCUGAUGGCCGACGACAUGCUGAAGCACGGUGUAUAUGUGAUCGGGUUCUCCUACCCAGUCGUACCGAAGGGCAAAGCCAGAAUCCGAGUUCAGAUUUCAGCAGCACACACCGAUGAAGACAUCGACCGCUGUGUCAACGCUUUCAUCCAGACGGGCAGAAAACAUGGAGUCAUUUCCUGAGUCGGACAAAUGAGCAGGAAUCAACAGGAUUCAGCAAAAUGAGAGUUACUGAAGAACCUUAAACUGCUUGCCCUUGCAGAUCUGUGACUGUUACGCAGGACCUAUGAAUGAUUUUUAUGCAAAUAUUAGUUAUGUUUGUGGGUCAGUGGAGGUUAAUGUUAUUUUCGAGCUGACUGAGGCACUUUUGCUAAGAUGUGCAGCCGUUGGUAUUUGAAUAAAAAAGGCACUUAAGUCUAUUUAGAGAACAAAUGCUCAUUAGAGACAAAAUGUUUCUACAGAGACCUUGUAUCAGCUGAUAAUAGACAAGAUUGUUACUUAGACAUUCACCUGUUGUAUAGAAGGUGAUCAAGAGAAUUGGAGGAAUAAUUACAACAAACUUGGUAACAUUACAUUUAAACUAAUGUUAUUAAACCCUGUUUAUUUGGAGUGAGCCUGAUUAUAGUCAUGUAUAUUAAAAUUGAUCAAGUUUACAGAUAACUUUUCUCAGAAGGAGAGCUGCUUUGUAUUAGUAAUUUUACACUAAAUGAUCCACAUAGCUGCACCCUCUGCUAUUUUAUGAGAAAAUAAAGUGUAAAGCCUAUUCUACUGA